UAACCUUAACUCAAAAGUGGAUUUACCAGAAAUCAAAGGGCCUCAUCGAAAAUUUCGUACCUUGGUGUCUAGCUAUAUGGCUCUCAAGCAUUCACCGUCUAAAAGGAAGAAUACCUUUCAAAGAUUCCAAAAAUCACUCACAUCAGAACAAGCUGAGAUUAACAAACCAAUUAGCCAAGUAUCCUCCAUUGAAUCAUCAUCUAAAGACGUUCCUAGCACAACGACAUCAGGUUCAAAGCCAACCAUUAAAGCUCCUGCUAUAAUAUCACAACAUCAAAGUGCACGAUUCAUGCUGACAAAUCCCAUUGUUUCUGCUGCCACUGCCGAAGCUGCUGCCGCUUCCUCCUCCCUCACAGCUACAGCCAAUUCCACAACUGCACUCAUCACCGAAAGCUCAUCAUCACCAGCGUCAACCACAUCGUCACCAACUAACUCUUCCCGACACAAAUCACCCCACGAAACAUCUCCAAGUUUGAGGGCCGCGGUAAUUAAAAAAGCUGCUAAUAGACAAAAUAUUAUUACCAUUGAAAAGUAUGAAGCACCCACCAGGUUAUUUUCUGAUUUAGUCGAUAGUUGUGGAACACCGACCAACACUGAAGGAACACCAUCCUUGACAGAAUCAACUGACUCAGGUGGAGUUGCUUUCACUGACGAAGAAAUGGCAAGUAAUAGGGGUAAUAAGUAAUAGGGUAAUAAUA